UCCAAAUUAAUCAGUCAAAUGGAGGGCCUUUCCCCUGAUAAUGAGCAGCACCCCGAGAACUGCCGCCUGAUGGCACCUGGAGUCGAAGCUUUCGGUUGAAUGAUACGGACGUGAGCCGCCUGCUCGCCUUGCUAGCAAUACGUCUGGGCCUGUACUGUGCAGCUUGAGAGGGCUGGCUUCUCGGCUGCCACGUGAAAUGAUGAAGAUGAAUCGAGGGCUUAUCAUCAAUUCAGUCUGCUGCAGUUGUUCAACAAGGGACUCAAGCCAGAUGACGUGCGGACGUCGAUUGAGUGAAAUAACCUGGUGCCAGACAUGGCUGGAUCUGAAUAUAGUCUCCUCUUGUUGGCUGACACCUAUCAAGCUGUCACGAACUGUCUCAAAGACUCGGCCAGCAGUCUUCGGUGUUUCUUUGGACAUUCUGUGGCUAACAGUGGUUUAUAACUCCUUAGCGAUUCUACUCGGAGCCUGCCUGCACCACGAGAAAGGGGAUUGGGGGGCCAUCGGGCAAACCCCUGCAUAAUAAAGUGCUCAAUUGCGCUCUAACCGAGGCCUUUGCCAGCCAGCAAGACUUCGUCCCGAAUGACACUGGCCUGCGUGUUUCUCUGCCCUCGCACCUAUCAUAUCAUGUGAGGUAGUUCCCUGCGAGCAUGGCAUGCCGGUGGCCUGAAAGUGGACUCUGGAAACAACUUGCUCAACGAAGAGGCAAACGAAGAUGCGUGGGUCGUAAGCAGUCGGGUACCCUCUCGACAGGGACCGACUGCCAACCGGGAAGUUUCAAGUCUCACCAGAUAACAAGUCAUCCCGUCUGUCCCAGACUCAUUAUGAUAUGGGAUGCGCCCAGGCGCCCCGACGGGACUCCUCCACGCCUUCACGUCCCGAUCGAAAUACCUGCUACGAUCUUGAUCAACUCUAUCCAGCACAAGCUCGGAAAAGAUGCAUCACGAGGGUCCCGUGUCAACGAUGCCUAUGACGUUCGUUCUGUCGACAUCAACGCCACUGUUUUGGGCCUCGUGGCAACCCCAAAACGCAGGCGACUACGCGGCAACGUGCAUCUUUCUCGUGGUUCUUGCUGCGUGGACACGUGUGUUGAUGGCCAUCCGGCACACUCUUGAGCGCGCAAGCUGGGGGAGGAAGUCGUCGUACCCAGCAUACCACCGACACAAAGUUGGCGGCGACGAGGAGACUGACGAGCACAUACAUGGCUCCGGCUCCAGCAUUGCAAGACCAACACUUGCACAGCCUGUCAAACCUGUCAGCGGUGCCGGGAUAAUCCUAAUGGGUUUGCGAAGCUAUUGGCUCGACACACCACCUUCACUGAGACUCGCGAGGGCAGGCUUCGAUAUGGCCAUAGCAGGUCAUGCAUAUCUCGUAAUGUUGGCUGUGAUGACGAUGAACGUCGGAUACUUCCUUGCCGUAUUGAUAGGUGUAUUUGCUGGGACCUUCCUGUUCACCGCUGCCAAGGAUAACAACGGCGGACACCAAGAUGAAGAUGAAUGUUAGCUAAAGCUCCAAGGAAAGACUCCCUCUUUGAUUAACGCCGAAAACGGCUUCUGCCAUUUUGUACCUUAUGUUAGUCUGAUCAAAGGGUCCCUUGCCUUGCUGAGGGAAGGAUUGCUCUUUGGAUUGUACAGGCAUCACGGAAAGAAUUGUGUCCUCUCAUCAUAGAUUGGUAUCAGUGAUACCAAUUUAUGUCAGUGUCAAUUAAUAUACCACCAAGAUUGCCAACCUUAGUUAGACUACUUCCCCUAUAUGUUUCUAUCUUAACUUUUUGCUCUUGCCAAUGAUGAUGACUAACAGAAAGGUUUUUGUAAAUAGAAUACCCUAGGUAGCAAUAGUUAAAGUUUUGAGUUGCACUG